AUGACGGCACUAGCGUGCAUCCAGUGGAUUCGUGACGAAUUAGAAGCCCAUAAUGAUCUGGAAACACUUCAGCCGCCACUGAUCGAUACGGAUUCAUUAUGUGAAUUUGUAACGGAUGGUCGUGCAUUGUGUCUUUUGGCUAAUUUUGUACUUGAUGGCGAAGAAAAUCACUUGCCAAAGAAAUUGCAACGUUCCUUGAAACAGCUCAGUAAAUUUCACGCCCUUGAACGUGUUCAAUUCUUUAUUAAAUGGUGUCGUACACGUGCUAAAUUGGAAGAACAUCAAGUGUUUACAACAGUUCAAUUACUGGAUGAAGUGAAUGAGACGGCAGUAUCAGAGACGAUUAUCGCUCUUCGAAACAAGACAAGACCUGGGUAUAAAUCUACCAGUGCCUUGUCACAAUACUGUGCUGAUGGAGAUAGUAAUAAUGCUUAUAUGCGUACAUCUACAAGUAGCAUUACAAGCACUGGUAGUUCCAAUGCCAACAAUGCCAAUCGACUUAGUUCUUUUCUCAACAAGUUUCCAUCUGCACCAGUUGUGACGACUACGACCUUACAGUCAAAGCCACCAAUGAGUCACCAUCGCGUGUCGUUGACAUCCAGUGUGGCUAGUAGUAAUCCAUCUCCACGGGAGUUUGAGGAACCUGUGCCUGUUGAUGAGAUUCAUAGCAGUAACAGCAAGUCUCGUCUACGAAUUCCGUCCAUUUUUAAAAACAGUAACAACGCUUCACCCGCGUCGGCUACGUCACGGAGCAGUGUCAUUAGUAACGCCUCAUCGACGGCGUCCAGUAGCAAGGAAGAAGGUCGGGAGUCGCGCUCGUGGUCUAGCAAACUCUCGGCCUUUUCACGCAGUCACUCGUCGUCUACGCCCAAGACGCCGUCUUUGGGUGACCUUGACAGUAGCGACACUCCAUUGUCGUCACCAGUAGCCUCACCACACAAUAGAGUGAGCAUCCCUUCGGUAUUCUCUGCUCCUUCUCCGGCUGCCCCCAAGUCAAUGUCGAAACUGUCGGCGUUCCUUAGCAGUGUGGACACGACAGCAUCCGUGGCUCCUGUUUUUAAUGCGCCUUCGCAGGACACGAAGGCGUCGGAGCUGGCUGCGGAGGCUACGCCGGAAGAGGAUGCGGGACCUGCGAUUGAAGACAACGAAGUGGAAGAGGAGGAGCCAUUAGCAAUUGUUGCAGAGGAGAUUCUUAUUGAGAAAGAGAGCACGAACAUGGAUGCUGAAGCUGAAAAGAAAUCGUUGAAGAAGCCACCUUCGAGUGCGAAGCUGCUUGCGUUCUUGCAGGCUGUUGAACCUGGUAGCACGACAUUGCCAAAGGAGGAGGUGUCAGAAGAGGAAGACUAUGAAGAUGACUGUGUUGCAAUGGAAGUCGCAGAAGAUAUUCUUGCUGAAAAUGAGGCUCCUGCUGUCGAGGAGGAAGUUGAUUGUGUUGAGGUUGCUGAAACUGAAAGUGAGGUAUCAGAUGUAGAAGUGGAAUCUGCAGCUAUGUCGGAAAAGAAGGAUACGAUUGUGGAAGAGACGGCACCUGAAAUGCAUGAUGAAGUGGCGAUGGAGACCCAAGAGACCUUGGAAGAGGAGGUGGGGGCCCCUGAGGAUGAAACACCGGAAAUGCAGGAGGUCGAUGCUGGUGUUUCUGUUGCAGAAGGUGCGCUAGUGUCUCCAGAGAUGUUGCAAGAAAAUGAACGUCUUUUAGUCGAGAAUGACGCUCUUACACAGAAAUUAGAGACAGCUGAGACUGCUGUUGCGACAAAAGACACUGAACUUGAAGCGAUUAAGCAGGAGCUUGAGCUUUUGAAGGCUCAACUUGCGGAGGAGCAGACCAGGGCACAUGAUGAAAUUUUGGCAGCAGAGGGAAAGCAGGAAGUGCUCGCCGCAGACGCUGCUGAGGUGCGUGCCGAGCUUGCCAAGUUGCAACAGACAUCAAGCGAGUCAGCAUCUGCUGCAAAGGAAGUAAAGGCAAUGAAGGCCCAGGUGGAGGAAUUGGCUGCCCAGAAUAAAAGCCUGAUGGUAGAUUUGACGAACUUGCGCGAAGAGGUACAGACGCUAGAGCAGUCUGUUCAGCUAGCGCGCGACAGCGAGGAGGCAGCAAGAUACGCUGCACAGGUUGCAUUCGCGGCUCGUGACACUGCGGACGAAGUGAACCAACAAUUGAAGGAUCAAAUUGCGCAGCUUGAAAGUAGAUCCCAGUAG